UCCCGGUCUAUUCCGCUCUCAAUGGCGGCGGGGAACGAAGAUGAUGAAGGCGGCGGUGCGGAUGGGGACCAGGAGCUCUUCCCUCACGAUAUGUAUUCCGGGCCGGGCGGCGGCAGGAGGAGCGCGGAGAAAGCGCUGGAGGAGGCGGCCGGUACCGGAAUUAUCAGCCUGUCCGGCCGGAGACUGCGGGGCUUACCGGGGAGCAGCCGGGACCUGAGCGACACCACCCGGGCCGAUCUUUCCAGGAACAGAUUCACUGAAAUUCCUGGUGACAUUUGUCAGCUCGUAUCACUUGAAUCCCUUAAUCUGUAUCACAACUGUCUGCGCAGUGUACCCCUCGCUAUAUGUAACCUGCAGGUCCUCACCUAUCUCAACAUCAGCCGAAACCUGAUCACCUCGCUGCCUCCCUACCUCUGCCGCCUUCCACUCACCGUCCUUGUAGCCUGUAACAAUAGGCUGACAACUCUUCCGGAGGAGCUUGGUGCCAUGACCAGUUUGCGCCAAUUAGAUGUCAGCUGUAAUGAGAUCCAGAUAUUGCCUUCAAAGAUAGGCUCUCUAGUGUCUCUACGGGAGUUAAAUGUGCGGAGGAACCAGCUGUCUACCUUGCCUGAGGAACUGUCGGAGCUGCCUCUUACACGUCUGGAUUUCUCCUGUAACCGUGUUACUCACAUUCCUGUGUGCUACCGACACUUGCGACACCUCCAGACAAUACUCCUUGACAACAACCCAUUGCAGUUUCCUCCUGCUCAGAUUUGUCUUAAAGGCAAAGCUCAUAUAUUCAAAUACCUUAAUGUAGAAGCCUGUAGCAAGGCCAGGUCUGACCAUGGGGGCCUGGGGAAGCUGAGUCGGCCGACCAGUUUUACCACUUGUCUCACUGAUAUCUAUUCCUCGAGACCGUAUGGAGGACUUGACUCUGGCUUCAACAGUGUAGAUAGUGGCAGCAAGAGGUGGUCGGGAAAUGAGUCUACAGAUGAGUUCUCAGAGCUUUCCUUCAGAAUUGCCGGACUGGGCAGAGAUGCAAAGCAAUUCCCAGAGAAACACAAUGGGAUUGAUGGAGACACGGAGCAUGCUGAUUUUAUGGACAGCAGCACAAAUGAAGAGGAAGAGGAUGCAAAGUCAGAUUGUGGCCUGCAAAUGACAAUAACUCCUCAGGAGAAACGUGAGCCUGAACACCAUUCUACACCCAAGGCUGAGAAGACCUUAGUUUGUGGAUCAGCUCCAUCACCUCUGUCUGUCAACAACCGGGCCGAAUAUCCAAUAGAAGAGAGGCGUAGGCCUGAGACCCUCCUUAUUUGGAGAGAGCGAGAGAGGCAGCAGCUCCAGCAGAAGCAGGAAAGUACACGGAGGCAAUCGGUGGACAAGAAGGACAGCAUACAGAAAAUUGUGAUCCAUCCUUCUACUAAUCCUCCACCAGUACACUGUGAAUCCUCCAGCAGUUCGCCUAACGUCUGCUCCAAACAGCGGAAUCAGGGUUGUCAAAGCGUAUCAUCAAACCCAACCUCACCCACCUCGUUGGCCACAGAUCAGUCUGUCUGCCUCACACACAAACCCAAUAGCUUUCUGUUUAGAUCAUAUUCUCGUGGUGCUUUGCGGUCUGCACAAGGCUCCGAGCAGAGCGCUGCCGGAAGUUCCAGCCCUGUACGAUUACGAGUGUCCCGACCACCACCCGAUGAAAAGUCGUUGUUAGAUCAGCUCCGUAAGGACAUAGAGACUCAUCUUAAUACCACACUUCAGGAACCCCUCUGUGAGUCUCUAUCCAACGGAGUGAUUCUCUGUCAGCUUCUGAACCACCUACGCCCACGGACCAUUGCAUCAAUUCAUGUUCCCUCCCCUGCCGUGCCCAAGCUGAACGCAGUGAAAAGCCGCCGGAACGUAGACUGUUUCCUGGAUGCAUGCCGCCGCCUUGGCAUUCCCGAGCAAGAUCUGUGCUUGGCCUCCGACCUCCUUGGAGGUGAGCACUCCCUCAACGUGUACAGGACAGUCUCCUCUCUCCUGCGACUGACCUCGGGAGAAGCUGCCCUUGCCUCUCCAGCCUUUGACCAAGGGGCAUCUCCCUGUCCACCACAACCCUCUCUUCUCUCCAACUAUGGCGGCUUCCUGCUCUUCUACGCUCUGCUCAUGCUGAUACUGUAUGCAGCCUACAGCAAGCUGUAUGUGUUUUAGGCCACCAUGGUGUGGGGACAUGUAUGCAGUCACUGGAACCAGUAAUUUCUACCUGCCUUGCAUCCACGCAAAAUGGCUGCCAACUCUGAAAAUUUAAAAUGUGCCUUUAUCAUGAGGCUGCUGUAAAAGUCUCAGGUCUUGCUGGCCAAUAAUUCCGGUUCAGAUCUCUAUAAUAUCCUACAAUGUAGAUGGUUGAACCACUGGAGUGUGCUAAUGGCUGCUCCCUUGCUCAGUUAAACCGGCUCCUUAUUGCUUAUCUUGCAAUUGAAAUUCUUACUUGAUCAAAGACGCUGCUCGUAACACAACUUCAUCUCCACAGAGUGCUAAUAUCCUGCAGUGUACUUUGGUUCUUCCACCUUUGUAUAUAGUUUGCUGCGUUUCUGAUCAGUUUGCUGGCAUAUCACAAAUUAUCUGCUUUCAGAGUGUUCUCCUGAACAUGACAGGAUGUCCAGCAAGACUACCGAUGAUAUAUUAAUCCAGUGGUCCAAAGAUGACCUUCCACAAGCUAUACUUUGUAUGACCAAGUUGCCCGUUGUAUGACAUUUUCUUGGUGCCUUCUUCUCGUGCCUUUGAUUCAAUGUGACUUUAUUACUUGGACAAGCCCAAGCCAUUGGAAAAGCCAAUGGAGCGUGAGGCCUUCUGUGUAAGACCAUUAAAAAUACAGUUGCCACAAACCAAAGACUUUUAAUGUGAAGUCAUAUUUUCCAAAAAACAAGCUGCCUUGUGCCAGCCUGCUCGCCUAUCGACAGCCUACUCAGACUGACUGGUCAUCACUGGACAGAAAUAGCAGUUUUGUUGGAAACUGUUACCUAGUCCAUGUACCAAUCAAAUUGAAUCUCUUGAGUCCAUGUCCUGCUAGCUGAAUAUGGUCAUGGACUGAAUCCUUUAUAAGGCUGGAUGACAAUGUCCUUUAAGUGGUACAUUUGCAUGUUUUGUCCUUGAAUUGUCAAAUCACAUGUUUCCACAUCUUUCAAUAUGUACCUGUUUAGAGUUCCUGGCAUACGGAGAUAGUUUGGCAGUGCUAAAAGGUUAACUUAGGUUGAUAAUAGCUUAUAAGAGGAUGAAUAAUAUCCACUUGGAAGGAUUUUAAUAUAAUGUUAACUUAUCCAUCAUAUUUAUUACAUAGAUGUUUGUGAGGUGUGGAAAACCAUAUUGAAUAUAAAAAUGUUUAUAUGCUGUAAAGGAGUUCCCCCAUCUUGGCUCCUUGUCAAUCAGUCAUUCUAAGCUUUGCCAUAUUUUUGUAAUUUAACAACAGUGUGCCUCCCACUUGUCAGCACAGAGACCUCAUCACAAUUGGCAUAAAAUCAUGGAGGCAGAGAGAGAAGUGGUCUGGAGGGAACAUAGUAAGUGGAGGAGGAAUAUAAACGGGAGUGACAUAAUCAGUGGACAGGAAGCACUGUAGUGGGGCUCUGAGUGUUCCUCAAGGUUGGGAGCCAGCCUGCCUAGUGGUGCAGCAAUUAAAUUUGAGAGUUGGGCCACUCAUUAUGGGCGUCACCAGUCAUGUGGUUUGCGUCAGCGGCAACACCAUCAGGGCUCUGCCCGCACAAUUUCAUACCCCCCUCGUUGUAGGGAAGUAAGAUUGUGCCCUGGACGUGCCUGGACCAGUAUGUCAUUUGCGAAAUCUUUAAAGGAGCACUAUAGUGCCAGGAAAACCAAACAGUUUUUCUGGCAUUAUAAGGUCAUUAGGUCCCCCCUCCCCCAACCUUAAAACCCCUUCAGCCACUUACCUUUCUCCAGCGCCAGGCUCCCUCUCUGCUGGGGAACUCUCCACCCCCUGCCGACGUCAGAUCCGAAUGUGCAUUGCUGCGCGCGCAUUCAAACUGCCCAUAGGA